CGUUACUCUCUGCUCUGUCACUCCAUCACGGCACAGUUCCUGGUUCGGCGCAGCGUUCAGCGGUAGAAGCAGCGGUAGCAGGGCCCUCCCUCUGUCUCUGCACAUAAAUACUCGCAGCCUGCCUAUUUCCAGGCAUGGAUGACGGUUGCACUCAGACAUGGCACUGCGACAUUACACCCUCGACUUCAAGCUCUCUGCGGCAGUGGACUCCUCUUCGACAGUUCCUGAUCUACUGUCCAUAUUUCAUGAGCAGGAAAUGACAGAGACUGUCCAUGAAACAAAUGGACAUGGAUACCUUGGUACUUUUGUAGGCAAGAAUGGCUGGCUUGCCAUUCUGCGUGUACACUCGCAUGGGUUGGUCACUGUUGAUCUGCAGUGUUAUGAAGAGGACGACUUUGCACAAGUAGACAAUCUUUUAAAUGCACUGGAAUCUAAGCUGAAGGUGAUCUUGAAUGGCAAUAUAACGAGGAUUAAAAGGCUCCCGGCCCUCGUACGAGGAGCAGAAGUCGACCGGUACUGGCCCACAACUGACAACAGACUGGUGGAGUAUGAUAUGGACCAGUUGGUGUAUGAAGAAGAUUCUGCAUUUCAAAACAUAAAGAUACUGCACUCGCAGCAGUACGGAAAUGCUCUAAUACUGGAUAAUGACUUGAACCUGGCAGAGAGUGAUUUGGCCUACACCCUAGCCAUCAUGGGUAGCGGUAGAGAGAAUUAUACUGGAAAAGAGGUGCUGAUAUUAGGAGGAGGUGAUGGAGGCAUCCUUUCAGAGAUGGUCAAACAAAAGCCAAAGAUGGUCACCAUGUUGGAUAUUGACCAGAAGGUGAUCGACGCAUGCAAAAAGUACAUGAGAGGCACUUGUGGAAAUAUCCUUGACAACCUGAAGGGAGACUGUUACCAAAUACUAGUAGAGGACUGUGUCCCGGUGCUGAAGAAGUAUGUCCAGGAAGGAAAGACGUUUGAUUACGUGAUCAACGACCUGACUGCAAUCCCAAUAUCCACGGAGCCAGAAGAAGACUCAAUGUGGGAGUUCCUGCGUCUCAUCUUAGACCUGUCAAUAAAAGUCCUGCAUCCCUCGGGGAAAUAUUUAACACAGGGUAACGCCGAGAACAUGACUGAGUCCCUGGGUCUGUACGAGGAACAGCUAGGGAAGCUCUCGUGCCCCGUGGGGUUUUCCAAAGAGGUGGUGUGUGUCCCCUCCUACAUGGAGCAAUGGGUUUUCUACUCCGUGUGGAAGAAGUAAAGACCUGCACAUUUCCCUCCUUGAAUCCCCAACAACUGGAAUGUGAAUGCUCGUCCCAUCUCUGCUGCAGCCCUGGAGGUGCGUUCAGACUGAGUGUCGGUGGAGAAUUAGAGGCAUCCCAAAAUUUGGAUUUAUACACUAUGUGUGAUUUCAACUUGGGGGGGGGG